AUGAGGCCGGGAUGGGCGCUCGCGUCGUUCAUGGAGCACUGCAAUGCCCGCAAACCUGGUCGUAGCUGCGUAGUCCUUACCGGGGCGGGUUGCAGCACGGAGAGCGGUAUCCCCGACUACCGCGGGCCCAACGGUCGGUAUCACCGCGCCGAUUUCGUCCCGCUGACCUUUCAGAAAUUUAUGGGCGACGACAACGAAAAGCGACGUUACUGGGCCCGCAGCAUGCUCGGGUACUCGACCAUGUCUGGCGCCUCCUGCAAUGCCACUCACAUGGUGCUGCAAGCCUUCACCAAGUCCGGGGCUGUGUCAUACAUUCUCACACAGAACGUUGACGGGCUGCACCACCUCGCUAUGUAUGGCGGCGUAGGUGAUGCGGAGGAGAAGCACUACUACAAAUACACCACAAGUGAUGCGCCACUGACGGAAGUGCACGGCAACAUCCACAACGUCAUUUGUACAUCCUGUGGCUUUCUCAUGCCACGCGCGCGUCUGCAGCGGGAACUGAGAGAAAAGAAUUCAGGUCUGUAUGAGGAGUACGGGGAGGAUCUGUCGCGUGUGCGACCGGACGGUGACUACAGUGCGCCAACGGAAGCGGUGAAUUCGAUGCAGCUCGUCAUGUGCCCCCAGUGCGACGGCUUCUUCAAGCCGCAUGUCGUUCUGUUCGGAGAGAACGUGCCGAAGCCAAUUGUGGAAUCUACAAUGAGUGUUAUCGGCGACAAGGCCUCCUGUCUGUUGUGCCUCGGUACCUCCCUGCAGGUGUACAGUGCCUAUCGGUACGUCCUAGAGGCAAAACAGUUGGGAAUUCCGGUGGCCAUUGUCAACUCUGGAACGACGCGGGGUGAUCCCAUUGCUGACCUCAGGCUUAAUGUAGAGAGCGUCGGAAGCGUGUUGGCGGAGACGGCACAUGAGAUACUUGGGGUACCGGCGCCCAUGUUCUUCAACCGCAAGACGAUUCAACUCUAG